CGUCUUCGUCUUCGUCUUCUUCGUAAAAAGAUAGCAACAAUCGAAGAAGAGCUUGAAAUGGGCCACCACCACGACGGUGGCGAUGGCGUCCCUCAACAUCAUGUCAACAGUCCUCGAUUUUCCGGUCCUAUGACCCGUCGUGCUCAAUCUUUCAAACGUGGCGGUUCCGGUGGUAGUAGCAGUAAUACUCACGUCGGUGUUAGUGGCGGUGAUGGCAACAACACUUCGACCUUGAGAGUUCAUCACGAGAUCGAUCUGCCGCUUAAUUCACCUAGAUCAGAGAUUGUUUCUGGUUCUUCCGGUUCAGAUCCGAGCGGUGGAUUUGAUUCUGCUCUCAAUAGAAAGCAUCAGACGUAUGGUCAGUUGAGAGAGAGAGUUGUGAAAGGUUUGUUGAGGAAGCCGAUGGGAUCGAUUUGUGCUACUGGUUGGCUUGGAUCUGCCAUUGAUGGUGCUGCUUCCCAUCAGGAUUUAUCCAACUCAAUUCCCCGAGUAAAUCUACUUGAUCAUAGCUCCCAUGAUUAUAUCUAUAAAGAUGGAGGGAAUGAUGUUGAUCCAACUUUGGUUAUGGUUGCUUCAGACGUUGUGGGUGACCAAAACAGUGUAGUUGAAUAUUCAGGUGUCUGGGCAAAACCUGAGAGUGGAAAUUUCUCACGGUGCAUUGACAGUCCAAGGAGUCGCAAAAAGUUAGGUGCUAAUACGAAUGGUUACCUUCUCAUAAAUGCUAAUGGAGGACUAAACCAAAUGAGAUUUGGGAUAUGUGAUAUGGUUGCAGUGGCUAAAAUUAUGAAGGCAACUUUGGUUCUUCCCUCACUUGAUCACAGCUCAUAUUGGGCAGAUGACAGUGGCUUUAAGGAUCUAUUUGAUUGGCAACACUUCAUUGAGGAGUUGAAGGAUGAUAUUCACAUAGUUGAGAUGCUGCCAUCAGAAUUAGCCGGAAUUGAGCCUUUCAUUAAGACACCCAUAUCGUGGUCUAAGGUUGGUUACUACAAGAGAGAGGUCCUUCCAUUGUUGAAACAGCAUAUUGUAAUGUACUUAACUCACACUGAUUCUCGGCUCGCAAACAACGACCUGCCUGAUUCUGUACAAAAGCUUCGUUGCCGAGUAAAUUAUAGGGCACUGAAAUAUUCAGCUCCAAUAGAGGAACUGGGAAACGUUCUAGUUUCUAGAAUGAGGCAGAACAGAGGUCCAUACCUUGCUCUUCAUUUAAGGUAUGAGAAGGAUAUGCUGGCUUUCACAGGCUGCAGUCAUAGUUUAACAGCUGAAGAAGACGAAGAAUUACGACAGAUGCGGUAUGAAGUUAGUCACUGGAAGGAAAAAGAAAUAAAUGGAACAGAGAGAAGAUUGCAAGGUGGUUGUCCGUUGACUCCAAGGGAAACCUCGCUUUUACUAAGGGCUUUGGAAUUUCCAUCCAGCUCACGGAUUUACCUCGUAGCUGGUGAAGCAUAUGGAAAUGGAAGCAUGGAUCCUCUCAACACAGACUUCCCCAACAUUUUCUCACAUUCAAUUCUUGCCACCAAAGAAGAGCUGAGUCCUUUCAAUAACCACCAGAAUAUGUUGGCUGGUUUAGAUUAUAUUGUUGCACUUCAGAGUGAGGUAUUUCUCUACACAUAUGAUGGGAACAUGGCAAAAGCGGUUCAAGGUCACAGGCGAUUCGAGGACUUCAAAAAAACAAUAAAUCCAGACAAGAUGAACUUUGUGAAACUUGUUGAUGCAUUGGAUGAGGGGAGAAUUUCAUGGAAAAAGUUCAGUUCCAAAGUGAAAAAGCUACAUAAAGACCGAAAUGGAGCUCCAUAUAACAGAGAGCCGGGAGAGUUCCCGAAGCUGGAAGAGAGUUUCUACUCAAAUCCUCUUCCCGGGUGUAUUUGCGAGAAUACAGAAGAAGAGGGUGUGAUGUGACGUACAUAAACAUGGAGAGAUGUUUCUGGUAAUAUUAUUUAGUAGCCUGAGAUUUACAGUUAGCAAAAAAAGAAGAAGAGAAUUGUGAUUUUUUGUGUCCUGAAGCUAGAGAGGGUGAUGAUUACCAAAGCUCAAGACUAGAAAAUGGUUUCAGAGACAGAUUAGAGAAGUACGGAGACAGUAUCAUAGUGGAAUCGUUUAUAAGAAAGAAACUCCGCUCAA